AUGCCAGCUGCCAGGUCCACUCCUGCUGCCACUCAGGAGCACAGUGCCUCCAUGUUCAGUAACUUCAAGUCUCACUGCGAUGCCAAACGUGUCGACACCAAGACCACUACAUUGACGUUGUUUCGUAAUGCUUACGAAGACUACCAUGUCACCGAGGUGGAAGCCAAGAAAAUUGCGCUGUUCGAGUAUGCUGCCACUGACAAGGCGUUGCUGAACUUCGACUCCGACGAUGAGCAAUUCAAUGCUACGAGGGACUGGCGUGCUGUCGGGGAGGGCAUUGAGAAGAAGAUGCACCCUGGGAGAUUGACAGAUGACUUCCGGUUUGCAAGGUUCCAGUACAUCUGGGACGACAAGGAGUUCCUCGUCUAUUACGUGACCUGGCAAGAUAUGCUCUCCCAGCCAACGAAGCUCUUCUACAUCCUGCAUCCACGCUUCAAGUCACACAUCGUCGACGGCCACUGUCAGGAAACCGACGCCCUUAUCCUCGCAGCCGGCAACUGGACCUCACAGCUUCAUGACGAGAUCUUUGUCUUCGACAACGGGCACUGGGACAAAUCAAAAGAGCUCUGGAAAUCCGUCUCAGGAGCCUGCUGGGCCGAUGUCAUCCUUUCGCGUAACAUGAAGCAAAACCUCAUCGACGACGUGCAAGGCUUCUUCGACAACCAGGAACUGUACGCGCAGUUCGCCGUACCUUGGAAGCGCGGUGUAAUCCUCCACGGCGUCCCCGGCAACGGCAAAACCGUCUCCAUCAAAGCGCUCAUGGCCUCGCUCUACAAUCGUCCUGACCCCAUUCCCUCCCUCUAUGUCAAGUCCUUCGAGACAAACUGCCAGACAGAACAAUACGCAAUCCGUAAGAUCUUCCAGCAGGCGCGUAGCAUGGCGCCGUGCCUCUUGAUCUUCGAAGAUCUCGACUCGCUCGUCAAUGAUGAUAUCCGGAGCUACUUCCUGAACGAAGUCGAUGGUCUCGAGUCCAAUGACGGGAUCCUGAUGAUUGGUUCGACCAACCAUCUCGACAAGCUUGAUCCUGCGAUCUCGAAGCGUCCGAGUCGGUUUGAUAGGAAGUACCAUUUCAAGAUCCCUGAGGAGGAGGAGAGGAGGCUGUACGUUGAGUACUGGCGGAAGAAGCUGCUUAAGAACGAUACCGUCGAGUUCCCGGAGGAGCUGUGUGGCGUGAUUGCAAAGCUAUCUGAGGGCUUUAGUUUCGCGUACCUCAAGGAGCUGUUCGUCAUGGCGCUCCUGAGUCUCGUGAGAGGUUUCAAGGGCGAUGAUUUCGAGAUCGUGGAUGCCGAAGAAGCUGCGAGUGCGCCUGCCUCCGCCACCCCAACACCAGCCAACGAGAAGAAAGACGAAGAAAUCUGCAUCUGCAAGACCAAAUGCGCAACUUGCUCCAAACCACUCCCCCCAUCCACAUCCUCCGACGAGCAAGCAAAGAAGCAAGGCGAAGCUACCGAAGCCAAACAAGAAAUCAAGAAAAACAAGAUGGUCAUGCCUACCGUCGAUAUUCCGGAAAAUCUAAAGGACAAUCUGCUGCUGAAAGUGGUGCAACAUCAGAUCAGAGUGCUGUAUAUAGAUAUGGAUAACGAGAAGGAUGGGGCGCCGGCGAGUGCGAAGGUCAAGGUCGAGAGUGUGCUCCGACGUGACCCGGCGUCAGUGGAGAGGUGUGCAACUGUCUUCCCUGAUGGCCUGACAGUGAGCUAUCGCUGUCCUUUCAAGUUAAUGAGGGGAACUUCGUCCCCUGAAAGGCGCUCCCUCGGCUAG